CAUAUUGUACGCCGAUAUCGUGAAUUCCAUGUUGCUAACAGCGAAUCUGAAAGUAAACGAACUCGUUAUGACGUUGAAUGAGCUGUUUGGACGCUUUGAUGAAAAAGCUGAGAAAAAUAAAUGCACACGUGUCAAACUACUUGGAGACUGCUACUAUUGUGUGGCAGGUGUGAUUGAAACUGAUGUAGACCAUGCAAAAAACAGCGUCGAAAUGGGACUUGACAUGAUUGACAUUAUCAGGACUGUCCGUGAGGAACAAGGAAUAGACGUUGACAUGCGCAUUGGAGUGCACACUGGAAAUGUUCUGAGUGGACUUAUCGGACUCCGCAAAUGGCAGUUUGACAUUUGGUCACGAGACGUUACAAUAGCUAGUCAUAUGGAACAAUCUGGAAAACCUGGGCGAGUACACAUCACUCUGGAAACCUUGAAACAGUUGAAAAACGAGUAUGACGUAUAUCCCGGCUUCGGACAUCAACGAGACGAAUAUUUAGCUCAACAACACGUGGAAACGUUCUUUGUUCUUUCACCCAGGACACAGAAAUCUCAGGCUAACGGAAAAAGAGAUUCUAUUUUUGAGUCAACGGGUGACAUACCUAAACUUACAGGACGUCGUCUGUCAGUGACUCCGGCACCUGUACUAGCUCGAGCUAAUCACAGGAGGAACGUGCGGAGGUCAUCAACUGGUGGAGACAGUGAUAGUGUUAUGGUUCGAUCCAGGAGAACAACCAUAUUGGACUACAGCAUCACGAACUUUCAGAUGAUGAGGAAAUCGGUGAACAAAGGCUUGGAUUCUGCUAUCAACAGUAUGCAGCUUAGUAAGAAGGACCAGUGGUGUAGUAACAAUGGCAUCCACCCAUUGUUUCUUACCUUCUACAAGCUAGAACAAGAGAAACCGUACCUGACGCAGAUCGACCCGCUCUUCAAGUACUAUCUGCUGUGCGUCUUUUUUCUGUUUCUCGGCAUGCUGAUGAUUCAUAUUCUAAUGAUGAGCAGAACGUUAUACUUCUGGCUAUCCUAUUCAGUAACUCUAGUUAUCAUACUUGUUUGUUGCUUAGCCUCGUGGAUCGGUUAUCUAUGGAUAAAAAUCAAGAGGUCCGAAGAGGACAGUCUGCGUUACCGCACGGCCUUUGUUUCAAGACUCAUCAGAAGGAUCAACGAAUCUCUGCCAAUUCGUACUCUUCUCUUUAUCAUGAUCUGUGUGCUGAUGCUAGCUUGUGCAAUGCUGGGAUUGGGAGAAUGCGUAUAUCUAGAUAAAAAUGAUAACACAAAUUCCACGAGUUACUUGUACGAAGAAACUACUGUUUCUGGUCACUCACGUGUACUCACAAAUGAGCUUGGAUGCAAGUAUCCAUGGUACUACACUUACUGUGCAGUUUUAGCCAUGACUGCUACCUCCACCUUUCUGCGGCUACAUUUCCUCCUUAAAUUUGUUAUCAACGUGACAGCUUUAGCCGUCUUCUUCUUUCUAAUUACCAUGGAAGAAAGUGACGUAUUUUCUACAGGGGAAUUCCUCUUUUCUGAUUGGGUGUGCCAAGGUCCUACAGAAAUGAAAUCUUGUAUAAUUGCAAGCCACUGUACAUAUCUAAUAGUGAUAUUCACAGCUUUACAUAUUUUAGACCGUCAGGUAGAGUACCUUUGUCGCCUGGACUUUUUGAUGAAACGAUGUCUGGCUAGUGAGAGAGAAAGAGUGAAAGACAUCAAGACAGUAAAUAGGUUUUUGUUAAUUAACAUUCUUCCUACCCACGUAGCAGACCUUUAUCUGAAUAAUGGGAAACCUGAGGUAUGUAAUAAAACAUUGUGA